AUGAAGGGUCUAAUAGGAUCUCCUAUCUCCAGACUGAUUAUACGGUGUUCCGGUAUUUGGGGUAGUUCUAGUAGUACUGUCAUAAAUCGCUAUAUAAUACGAUCUAUAACAAAUAGAUAUACUCCACAUCAAACGUCUAAUACUACCAUCAACCCAUAUCAUGGAAUCAUCACAUCGUCAUCAUCAUCAUCAAUCAAUACUCCUCAUAGACAUCCUAUCCUCACUCCAUCUAUACUAUCAAUAAAAUCAUCUCAUGUACAUACUCCCACCACCAACUUUAUCAUCAACCGUCAAUUUUCAAAUUCAUCAUCUAAAUAUAAUCAAACCCCUAUAACACCCCCUCCUAAAAAGUCAAUCACAGAUACACUUAAAUCAUCAGCUACCACUAUAACAAAAGCAUCAUUAUUAGCCCAAGCUAAUUCUUCAUUAUCUCGAUUAUUAAUUCAUUUGAAAUGGCCGUUAAUCAGAGGCAAAAUAAAUCAUCAUUCCACUAUAGAUAUCAUAUCAGCCUUUAUCUCAUGGUUAGUUAUGGGUAAUAUACUUUGGAUAAUCUUAGGUACCACUACAUUCGGGUUAGUAUUUAUGUAUUCCAUUCAUUAUUUUGAUCAUUUUUAUGAUACUUUUAUAAAUCAAUCCCAAGGAUCAGAUUCAUCCGAUGUCACUUCUACUACCAAGAAAGGAGAAGAAAAAGGAGUAUUAAGAUAUUUAACUAAUGCUAUACUUUCAUAUGGGUUAGGCAUUAAAAUUCAAUUUCAAAAAGGGAACAUCUUACCUGAAUUAAAAGAUGGGAAAUUAAGAUUUAAAAAUUUCACUGUGGUUUCAAAAGAUGAAAAGAGUUUCAUUGCAAGAGUUGAAGCAGUGGAUUUAACUUUAUCAUUUAAUAAAUGGUAUGAAGGGAAUGGAAUAAUUGGUGAUUUAGAAAUCUUUGGUAUGAAUGGGAAAAUUUAUAAAUCAAAUAAUGAUCAUCAAAAUUCAAAACCAUUAUCACUGGUUGAUAAACAAUCUACUACUAUAACUUAUAGAAAUCAUUUUGAAAACAUUCAUUAUCAAUAUGAUUUACAAGAUUUAGAAGAAGUUCAACAAACAAAUCAACACCAUCAACAUCAACAUCAACAUACCAAUAAAUUCAUGGAUUCAAAUUAUAAACUUGAUCAUGUUAAAAUUCAUGAUUCAUAUCUUGAAAUAUAUAAUAAUCAAGAUCAAAAUCAACAUUUACAAAACCCUCCUAUGAGAAUAACCAUCUUUAAUUGUGAUUUACCAAGAUUAUCAGGAGAUAAAAUCUUGAUUGAUUUCUUUAAUGCCAAUAAUUCAAGUGGAUUAAUUAAUGAUUCAAUGUUUACCAUUCAUAAACGUCAAGAUUUCUUAAAUAUGGAUAGUAAAAAUUUCUCCAAUGACAAAAAUAAUAGUGAUGAUAAAUUAAUUCGAUUUAAAUUAGAUUCUAUCGAUCUUGGAUCUUUGAGUCAAUCUAAUCCAUUUCUGAAAUUUAAUUGGAUUAUAAACGGUAAAGCAGAAAUCAUUGCUGAUAUUAAAUUACCUAAUAUUGAUAAAAUCGAUAAUCAUAAUUCGGAAUCCAUCAUAUCUGAUUUCUUUAAUGAAUUAUUAAGAGUUACCAGAAGUGAUAUUGAUAAUACAAUCCCUCAACCACAAACACUGUCUGAUUCAAUGGAUGAUGAUUCAACUUUAUUAAAAGGAGCUUUAACUGCUUUAUAUCAAACUUUUACGAAACCUCAACAUGAUAUCACCAAUCAAUCAGAAUAUGUUAUGGUUAAUGUUAAAGUUAAAUUUUAUGAUUUGAAAGCCAGUUUACCUAAGAAUUUACCCAUGUCGAAUUCCAACAAUAUUCCAUUUAUCUCAUUACAAGAUUUAAGAUCAUUAAUUGGAUUUAUCAACAAUUAUAAUGAUGAAACCCAUGAUCAUAAUGAACAUCAACAUCAACACACUACGCCCAUUUCAACCUCAUCUACAUCAAUGACAACGACUUCACCAGCAGAUACCACCACCAAUACUACUACAUCACGUCCAAUCAUCAUUAAAACUACUGUUAUUGAGAAAAUAACUGAUUUAUAUCAUAUCAAUAACUUAUCCCAAACGAAAAUAUUUGAUUCAAUUAUAAGUGAUAUAUAUGAAGAUUUAUUAAAAGUAGUCAAACAAGAUGAAAAGAGAAUUAUUCAUGAAAAAUCAUCAAUGUGGUCUCAUUCUCUUGCGAGUCAAUUGUUAUUAUUAGGUCUUGGUGUAAUUGUUUAA